AUGCCUGUUUCAGACCUGCAGUCGGAUCUCCACCUCUGCCCGAGACCGGUGCAAUACCUGGAUAUGAUGGGAAACCAACGCCGAGUCCACCGGCCUAUACAUCAAAUCCCGCAUUACACUUUCGGUCGCCUCAUCGGAUUCGAAGAUGUAUCGCUAUACUUGCUGUUCCCUAACUUGUACCGGGAAGAGCAAAAGUCUAGUCGGUUCCGGGAUGAAGAUUUCCGUACAUGGAUGGACGGUGUGCUGCUUCCUAUCAUUCACAACCAUUAUAGCAAUUCCCAUGUCCAACACUACCCCUCGAGCUAUGAUCACAGUAAGUACAACGCCACCGCUCGCGGCAUUGAGACGCUUGCCCAAAGAGUGCAUCCAGUUGCUCGAGAGCAACAGCUCAAGUAUUACCUCCCGCCUGAGUCUUUGGGAGCUGUAUGGGCUUCCAUUCAGCAUGUGGUUCAGGAACCAGGUUUCCGUCACUUCCGCGACAUUACUGUGCUCCUACAAGCCAAGAACUUGAAGGUCUUAACGAAGGACAUCACCUGGUCACAAACAGUGGCACGAUUCCGGAAUUACUGGACCCACGCGAUCGACGAAGAGUAUAUCACUACGGACUUCUAUUUCGAUGUAGGAAAGGAGACCUGCCCUCAACAGGCAUCUCGAGCUACAUCGAUCGGUGAUGAAGGUGUAUUGAAUGGCAAUAUCGAUAAUUUGGUGUACACUCCGGCUGGGACGCUUUUGUACAAGCGUUGUUGUCUCCAAUCGUACUCACAUCUAGCGCAAAACGAUGUCGCCGGCCAAGAAAUUGAGAAGCAAAUGUUUUAUCCUAUCCUAGCUGCGCGGCAGAUUCAGCUCUGA